ACCAGAAGCCAGCAACAAAUUAAAUACAUUAAAUUCAAAGGGGGUUAACAUAUGACAUACGAAAAAGACAUGUACAAACGUUGACCCCCCCAAAAAAUUAUGAUGCUAUUUCCUACCUCAUCAAAUUUUGUUAAACCUCGUAAAUCACCAAAUUAAGGAUCACAUUAAGCAAUUCCACCCCACAAAUUGAUCCCAUCCAAUUCCAAUUCUCCAUCAAAGAUGAACAACAGCACCAGCAACAAGGAAGAUAAUGGCUUUGAUCCAAGUGAGUUUACAUAUGGUGUAGCUUUUGUAAUUGGCUUGGUCUUCUUACUUGUCACCAUAGCUUUUGCAUGUGUGCGUCUUCGCAUGGCUCGUGGUCCUAACAUGCUAAACAUUUUGGCUGGUAUUCCACCAUCUCGCCAAGCACGAUCAGAAGAAGAUUCAGCUGAACAGGGGCUUCAUCACAUUGACACAAGUUUUGAGAGCUAUCCGAAGUUGCUUUACUCUCAAGUAGAGAAGGGUUCAAGUAGUUCAAGUGUUGUUUCUUCUAGCUGCUCCAUAUGCUUAGGUGACUACAAAGAAAGUGACACGUUGAGGUUGCUUCCUCACUGUGACCAUCUUUUCCACCUUGCUUGCGUUGAUCCUUGGCUUAGGUUGCAUUCAACUUGUCCCAUAUGUAGAAAAUCAUCUAUUCAAGCUUCACAUAGUGACUCCAAUAUUUAGUGUUGGGGAUCACAUCUCUCGUUGUUGUAGAAGAUUUGUUAAUCAGUAUAUAUAAGGUUACAACUUAGCUAGGAAGAUUAAUUAACCAUAUUUUGUAUUUUUCUUACCUCUUGUGGAUACAUGAUCGAUCAAUUGUUCUGCUGAAUUGCACAUAACCUGUUGCUAGCUACUCUGAUGUCUCAUGAUAGUGCGCACACUGUUUUGCCCACUUUACUCCAUUUGAAUGGUUUCGUGUAGAUAGUAAUAACUACAACUUAUUUUUUUUU